AUGACAGCUGCUCAUGUGCUGAAUCGUAUAUCGGAUACUGCACGUCGCAACAAGACCCCAGUCGAAUUUUUCAGUGGCACGCAGCCCUCACUCGAACAUGUUCUAGUAUUUAAAUCUACCGGGUACGUGCAUCUCGACAAGAGUAAGAAGAUGAAGUGGGACGCGAGGUCGCCCCGCUGCAUCUUCUUGGAAUAUGCUGACGGCUCGAAGGCAUACCGAUCAUGGGACUUCGACAACAAAAGACCGGUCAAAACGCGCACGCUAAAUGAGUGGACACCUGCUCGUUAUCAUGAUGUUGUUCUCGUUUAUAGUGGAGAUAAGCAAACGUGGUUCGCGCUCGAAGACGACGACGACGGGUUUAGUGCGCCGACAUGUGCAAGUACUCCCACUGCCACAUACAUGGAGAUCAAAAAAAUGGGAGAUGAUCUUAUAUGUAUGGAGGUAGAUAGCUCUGUUGUUCCAGCUGCCAAGGUUCCGCUUGAGGGGGGUUACUCGAGUGGUUCUCGCGCUGUCGCUGGCACUACACAUUUAGGCGAAACUUCGUUGGAAAUUUAUCCUGAACGAGAACUUCGAUGUAGUCGCCCCAACAAUACUAGAGCUAUCUCGUCCAGACAAGUACCGCUGUUACCUGCCCCUACUCGCGAUAUUGAAGCCCCAGUACAAUCCAGGCGAUCUCGACUAUUAAUUAACGGAGAUGAAGCUGAUGACACGCCUCUGCUAGCAAAUGAACCACAUGUGAGCUCUCAAGACUACGACCCUCUUUAUCAAGAGAAUGCUCGAGCGAUUCAAAAAACUGAAGCAAAUGCUGUGCGUAAUCCGAUGGUGCCUGGUCAGGACCUUACGCCAGACAGAUCGCAUGAGGCAUACAAAAAUGAUCGGGGCUACCGAGAACUAAUUGGGUCUCUUUUGUACGUCACCAAUGCUACCAGGCCCGACAGUAGCGCUAUUUUGUCGACACUCUCGCAGUACCUGGAUUUAUCAUGUGAUGUGCACUGGCGGGCGGCAGUGCGCAUCCUGAACUAUCUCAAAGGCACAUCUACACAUGCGGUGCGGUUCUGCGCUGGGACAAGUAAUCAACUCAGUAUUGAGGCUAUGCAGACGCAAAUUGGGGAGCGACAAGUACACGAGGCGCUCAACGUCUGGAGUAAUAUUGCUACUAUCAGGUGGGCCGGUAUCAAGAGCAAGUGGCAAACCACGGUGGUUUUGCCUUCUGCUGAAGCAGAGUAUAUGGCACUUGCUUUGGACACGCUAGAGGACAUUUGGCUACGCUACCUUUUGGUUGAGAUGGGGUUCGAGGCUGAAGGCUCCAUCACGAUUCGACUAGACAACAAAUCUGCGAUCAGUAUGGCUACCAACUUAGGUCACACGCCUCGCACGAAGCACAUUGACCUACGAGCUCAAUUUGUGCGAGACGACGUUGAACUAGGAGGCAUCCAGUUAGCGCCCGUACCCACGGAGGAUCAACUGGCCGACUUCUUAACUAAGGCGAUUCCCACGCCUGUUGCUGUUAGGUCGGAAUAG